CCACAUUUUAUGCGUACAUGUACCAAGCACCAACACGGCUUCCCUCCCGACCUAUGAAUCGCCCUACGCCUUUGCGCAAUAGUGACAUGGGCCUCGUAUGCGGUGCCGCUUGGAAUACGGGGCUCGGCUACUUACAUUAAAAACCCGGCAGAGUGCUCUAGCAUGAAUUCCCAGAAUCAUCAUUUCUAAUCCAUUGAUACGAUUGUUUUUACCCAAUAGAUACAGUAUGCUCUCAUCUCGCUUCCUGAAGCAGUCCCUCCGCGGAGGUCUCUCCAAGGCCACCUCACGGACUCCGCCCGCUGUCCUCCCCCGCCGCCAGUUCGCCAUUACCGCCGUCCAGCGGACCCAGAUCUCCGAGGUAAUCACCAGCGACCACCGCGACCUCGAGGACGCCUACAACCACAUCAAGAGUGCCGCGAACGAAGAGGACCAGGUGAAAUGGCAGAACCAAUUUACCUGGGCGCUGGCCCGCCACUCUCUGGGCGAGGAGCUGGUGGUGUACCCGUCCAUGGAGAAGCACCUGAACAACGGCCCCGAGAUGGCCGAGCACGAUCGCAUGGAGCAUCAAGUCGUCAAAGAACUCCUCUACAAAUUCCAGGGGCUCAAGCCCACCGACCCGGAGUUCAUGCCGGUGCUGGAGAACCUCUGGGGCAACCUCGCACAACACAUCAAGGAGGAAGAAGGGAAAGAUCUGCCGCAGCUGGAGAAGACCUUGGACGAGGGAGAGUCUCGGCAGAUGGCGGCCUCGUUCCACCGGACGAAGCAGUUUGUGCCGACGAGGAGUCACCCCAAUGCCCCGAACAAGCCGCCUUUUGAGACCGUCGCGGGGUUGAUGGCGGCGCCGAUGGAUAAGAUUAGGGAUAUGUUUAGGUCAUUUCCGGAGACGAAGGAUCAGGCGACCAAGUAAAUUCUCAUGGGGGGUGGGGAGGGUGGCUAGGAUGCUGUAUUAUUUUCGAGAUCAC